UUACUCGAUGGAUUCAGCGAUGGAUUAAAUUAGUGAAUGACAAGCAUUCCAGUUCGACAAGAGCCUGUCCUGAACGGGGCAAAAACAUUCUGGCCCUCAGUAAUGGUGCAUGGUGGCAGUGCUGGGAUUCGCCGCUAGUGAGCUUCCAUUUCUCAUAUUGUGAGGUCUGUUUUUCGAGCUCGGCUUUCGUUCUUGCCUUCGUUUCGUUUUGUUGUACUUAGUGCGUGGCUGGACGGUUCUGCUUUGAUUCCGAGGCUUCUUCUAGUUCAUCUUCUUCGUUCCUCCGGUUUGUUGGACAGCCCGCUGCACUGCUCCAUGGAUCUAUGCGUGUGUGUAUACAGCCCUUCUGCUCCUUGCUUCUCCUGCUCCUCCUCCCGUCCUCCCGUCCUCCGCCCUGUUGUAACCCUCCCUGUUUCACUCGGGUGAGUGCUUACCCUCCCUGUUGUGUCGGUCGUGGUACCUCCAAAUCCACACCCAGGACGAUCAUCGACCCAGUCCCGUUCUUUAUGAUGAUCAUCUCGUCCGUCGUGCUUCUUCUCGCCGUUUUGUUGGACGCCUUCCUCCCGAAGCACGGCUGUGUGUCGCAUCUCAGGUCGCAGGCACCUCGGUCACGACGACGACGACGAGGAUGAUGGUGAUGAUGACGAUAAUAUUGGAGCGAGAAUCGAACCCUGGAGUAGGCCACCAAAUGCCUGCUUGGCGCCUGGAUUGCUAGUCAGUGAUCCUCGAAUCCACCGAGCGCUGGCCCGAGACCAGAGCAGACUUGAGACGGAGCCAGCCCGCAAUCGAGAACGACUGGAAAACUUUGGUUGUGAUGUAGUGGAGGUUGUGGUGAUCCUCGUCCAUCUGCUCCCCCCAUCAUCAUCCAUCCAUCCAUCCACGGCAGAAGUAGUGCACUACUGCCGGCCUCAUCCAAAACAGACCUCACGUAAUCCCUUCAAUAAUUCAGUCCGAUUCGUGCAGUCAAAGACGUAACACUCACGUGCUUGGUUGGUGACAAAACUUGACGAGAGAGAGAGAGACACUCACUCACUUCUACACACGAACAUCUCUCGUUGAUCGUCUGCCAGUCAGAUAGUUAUUUUCCAUCUGUAUGAUUUUCCUGAACACCUCACAGUGCUACUAGAAUUCUCACCCCAAGACCAUGAUAUCCGUGUUGAAUCCCAACCGGCCCAUGGCUCAGAUGAAACUGUGCCAGAGGUCCAGUGGGACAUUCGGAAGUUUGACCAUCGACCAAAACUCUACCACACCCUACACAGAUGCUACUCAGACCAAGAAACAGCCAGUGAAUCGAAUCAAACGUCCCAUGAAUGCCUUCAUGGUUUUUUCACACAUUGAACGAAAGAAGAUCAUUGAAUUCCAGCCGGAUAUUCACAACGCAGAGAUCUCCAAGAACUUGGGCAAGAAGUGGAAACAGCUGACGGAUGAGGCCAAACAGCCUUACAUCCAGGAAGCCGAGAGAUUGAGACUGCUCCACAUGAAGGAGUACCCGGACUACAAGUAUCAACCUCGAAAGAAGACCGGUCCCGGGAGCAAGACCAACAGUCCCGUUCAUCGAUCCAUGUCCACGGAGAAGAAGAGCCCCGUCAAACGCUCACCCAUGAAGCUCAACCGCUCGUUCGGCAGCAACUCCUGGGUCAACAGUUCCAAGGUCAGAUUUAGCACCACCAAUGGUCCUCUCACAUGUGUCAACCACGACCGGCUCAACCUCAAGUUCACCAUAGACUCUAAGUUCAAAGCCAAUUUGGCCAAAUCCAGUGCCAAGUUGGUGCCGGUCUCUGGGUUUGCCGUGGACACGUCCAAACUGAGCCCAACGUCUUCAUUGCCCAAUGUGCCUUCCACGCCCGACUUGCCCCACUCACCAACCGAGUCUUUCUACGAGGACCACCACAGCCUCCACCACUCCCACAGCAACCACCACCAUCACCACCAUCACCAUCCACACCACCAACACAACCAUCACCACCUCAGUCAUCAAGGCCUUUUGAGCGGGGGUGGGGGUGGCGGCGGGAGCAUGGGCCCCGGCGUGGAUGCUAUUAAGCAGAACCUCGACUUUACCUUUUGUGAUACCACCACAAAUCAAAUCAAGAUGGAACCGAUCUCGCCCAUGAAGACAGAGCUCAAGCAAGAGCCGAUCUCACCCAAUCAUUACGAUUGCAUGUACAACAACAACCAAAUCAAGCAAGAGGCCCAGUACUUUCAAGAGCCCCUCACGCCGUCCUCCAUGAGCACGGAUCCAUCCUCGGUCACCAGUAGUCUGGAUGACCUGGAUAGCAUCACGGACCUCCUUCAGAUGCCCUCCUCCGAUCUCACCCUCGAUGACAUCUCCGACCUAGUGGAUAUGCCCAAGGGCUUUUCUGUGGUCGAAGAUCAAAAACCGCCACCGUGUCUCAUGGACACGGAAUACGAGUCGCCCUUUACGUUCUCCUCGCCCGACGUCAACGAUGUCCUCUCGUCUAUCGAAUUCCAUGACAGUUUCGUGGACAGCUCUCUAGCGAGCUACAUCUAGAAAUGCAUGCGUGUUCUCUUCGGUUCGAUUCCUGCCUCACAUCAUGUACUCCUGUCUGAGACACCAAAGACUGAUUUUGACGUAAGAACCAGAGCAAGAAAAAGAAAAGAAAAGAAAAGAAAGGAACGCAGAGCGAUACCCGCUCCCCUUAGACGUGAUGGUGUGAAAGAGCAGUUUAUUUGUUUGUUAGAAAGAGAGAAUUGAACCGACCCAUCUCCUUCACCAACACCAUUAUCAUCAACACCAACACAACAACAGGAGCAGCACCGCAAAAGCAACGACUUCAGCACAAACGAGUGUCGAUGAGGGCUAAUGCUGUUGUUAUUAUAUUGCCCAGGACAAUGGUUGAAGAGAAGUCCCUCGUCGUUGUUCAAUCCCACCCCAGUGUUUCUCGACUUUCAGAUCCCCUGUAAACUUAUCUUGUAUCAUACCAUGUAUGUUUUUUUUUUCAAAGUUGUAUAGGUGUUUUUCCUAUUCCCCUAGACUGUUUAUAUAUUUUAAAUGUUUAUUUUCCCUUCUUCCGUUUUCCCUCUGUCCGUCGUCAAGUGAGGUCGAUCCACCUCUCCAUCCAUGCAUCCUCCUCCAUCCACAGUUUUAUGCUCCAAAAGCGGGACAAGAUCGCCGAGAUUCUCGUUUCUGGGGGUUUCACGGCGAUCCCAAGCCCUCCCAACAAUCCUAGUGAAAUUCAAGCUCAUUACGGUCACUCAAUUUGUCCUAAAUAUCGCUACUUUUAUUGAUACUUCUACUACUAUUUCCAUGAUUAUUGGACUCUCGAGAAAUAAAUAAUAACAUCCCAUGGUCUAGUCA